GCCGCGCGCGACGCUUGAAAAAAAGCAAAAACGCGCGGGAAACUAACUGUCAGUGGCGGGCAAAGUUUUUAAAACAAAGUGUUACUAUGAAAAUACCUUUUGUCUAUAAAAAAGCAGAAAGCUGAAUUAACUUUUUAAAUCGUCUUUUUCAUCAAUUGAUUUUAGUUUUCAUGGGAAUUAAUUUGCAUACGUUUUUUAUUGUUCUAUUCUGCUGUUUUCUGUGAAAACUGUACCAAGUGGGUAAAAAUUGUACCAAGGCGAGCCGCUACUUUGUAUUAUAAAAAGCAAAACAUUUGUGUUUUAAAUAGACAGUUUUCGUUAGCUACCUACUUUAAAAAAGUUAUCGAUUUAAUACUUUUUUGAAAUGCAUUUUCGCGAAUAAAAAACAUGAGUUACAGUGCAAUUUACGAGAAUUUUACAGAGAACAAUAAUUACAAGGAUUACAUUUACAAAGAUAAACAGUUGGAAUGUUGUGAUGGUGUGAAAAAUGAAAACAAAAUGGUGGACAAUCAAGAUGGCGAAAUGGGUAAAGAAGAGGAACACAUACAACAUGUUUUAGGUCCAAGUAGAAGAUGUCUGGCGUGGGCUUGUAAAGCUUGUAAAAGGAAAACUGCUGCCGUUGAUCGACGGAAAGCUGCUACGCUUAGAGAAAGGAGACGGCUUAGAAAAGUAAACGCAGCGUUCGAAGAGCUACGCGUCCGCGCACGCGCAGGCAGCGGUAGACUACCCAAGCUGGAGAUCCUUCGCGCGGCCAUACAACACAUAGAGAGACUACAAGCAGCCUUGAGAGCUGCUGCUGUGUUGGAGUCGGAGUCAUGUAAAAGUUACGUGGAGUCGCCGGUGCCAAUCACGCGACACCAGCGCGACCCACGCGAGGACAAUAGCGAAAGAGAGAGACCUUUCUUUGGCGGUGAGGCGAGUUGCGGAGUGAACAGUCUAGCUCGUUUGCGAUGCAUCGUGCAAGCGUUAUCAAAAGAUGCAUGACCAACAAUAUCUCCAUGGAUCAAGGUACCACCUGUGUAGAAGGAACUGGGUACCCUGUUAAUGAGAAAAGGACCCUAAAUAUUGUACGUCCAGUACGAGCGGCACGGAUACCGCGUCGCGCGCGGUGCGAUAUGGGAUAUAUAGGAGUGACAUCGUAACGAAAACUUUGAGAUGAUUCAGGCCAUUAUUCUGAGUUGAUAUCAAGUGGAAUUUUCCGUCGCAAAGGUAUGGAACAGAAGAUAAUUAAAAAAAAACACAAAAAUUUACAUAAAUUUUCCAACAGGAAAUUCCACUUGAUAUCAACUCAGAAUCAUGGUCUGAUCAUCCCUCUUAGUAUUCGUUACGAUGUCACUAACACCCUGUAUGUCGACGGCUUUGACCAAUAGUCCGAAGGUAAAGGUCACACUCAUCAAAGUGCAGAGAACUUCUUCCAGCUAUUGGUCGAAGCCGAUACAAUUCCCGACGCGCGCGACACGAUUGUCGUGUCGCGAGGGCAGUAGACGUAGGUGGAUACCAACGUAGAUAAAUAUAUUAUGAAUUGUAUAAAUGGUUUGAUGUGAUAGUAGGUAAGUAGGUAUAUUAAUUUGCUCAGUUUAGUAUUAGAAAACAAACAUAUCUACAGUGGUAGCCCUAGGGAGGUGCGAGCGGUGCGUCCGCACCAGCCGGGUCUGCAUGACAACCGCGUCGCGCGCGGCUCGAAAUAUGUAGAGCGCUUCGACCAAUAGCCGUUUGACGUCCAUCUACGUAGAUAGCACUCGUAUCAUUUAUUGGUCCAAGCGAUCGAUAUAAUUCGCGCCGCGCGCGGCGUGGUUGUCAUGCAGACCCGGUAGGCGUCGUAAAUAUGGGCGCCAAAAUCAAACAAGACUGGUCUACCCUGGCCGCAAAUUAACUUCAUCGGGUUAGAUUGCGGCCACAUAAAACUCAUACCGGGUUGCCGUAAACAACAUUUUUAAAAUCAAAUCAAAUCAAUUCAAUUUAUUUGCGAGAACACAUAGAAUACAAAAAAGGUGGUAAAAUAAUUUAAAUAACAAUGUUGUGAUGUGUUCGGCCUGCAUGCAGGCGUACAAAUAUACAUAAAAAAAUAAAAAAUGGUGGUGUGGCGUAUGACAAGGCUGAAUGAUGUUGUAGCCAGUGCCAAAUAAAUUCGACUCACGCUUGGCCAUAUGUCACACCGCUCGCCCCCGCACCUCACCUCUCUCUCUUGGGUGAAAGGCUUGCUAGGCGACAGGUGCACUUUUAACUCGCUCUGAGAUUUUUAUAUAAUUUAUUGUGAUUGUGUUUGAUUAUUCUGUCCUAUCCGUGUAUGUUGAUGAACAAUAGAAGAUACCCAUCAUAGUUCGGACUUUUAUUUAUAAAAGGAGGACCAUCACCUCCUCAGUACAUUGAAAGAAAAUUAUUGAAAAUAUACAUAUUAUUAAAAAAUUACACCAUUUAAACAGGUAAAUAUCGGUGGCCGCAAACUAAUCGAAAAAUUUUGUAUAUUAAAGUGCUGAGGGGUGCCACUUUUGAGGUGUCGCACCACCUAAAUAUUUUGCUAGGGCUGCCACUGCGUAUCUAAGUAUGUUGAUUUGUGAGAGUAUUUGUGUACAAAUAUACGAUUGAGUUUCAUAGUAGACACUUGGGA